AUGGCUGUCAUUGAGGAGAUAGAUGAAGCAGGGUCUUCUCAGCCUGUAGAAGGAGAAGAUACACAACAUGGGUAAGUUGACUUCAAAUUAGCUUGACUUUUGAUUUUAGGACUGUUGUUGCUGAAGAUGUUCCAUAUCCAUUAGAUAUUAUUGUACAAAAUAUUGAGAAAGUUGUUGCUGGCCGUGGUGAUGAUAGUAGCGACGAUGAAGGACCAGCUAGAGAAGUCAACUACGCUCUUCAGAUGCAGGGAUUCAAAGUUAUGGAAAAAGGUAAAGAUUUUGUAAAUUUUAUUAUGUCUUUUGAGCAGAUACAAGUAACAGCAAAAUCUUUAUAAAAUAAAGUAUUACAUUUUACGUUUUAGAAAACGGAGCUGACUGUGAAUUCUUGACCUAUGAGCCUGGAAAGGUAGACGCUGUGGAGCGAGUUGAACAGGUGAAUGUGGAUAGUCCGGGACAAAAGCCUGGCAAAGCCAAGUUCAAGAAAGGGCAUAGAAGAGCGUUUUCGAUGCCGAAUGCUCAUCAUCGUGACAAAGCUGUUCUUGUUGUUGCUGAGAACAACUUCAGGGUGAGUAUAUUCAAAAGUUAAAUUGUUUUUUAUUAAAGUUUGUGUAUGACUAAUUGUAAAUUACGGAAUAGAACAAAAGUUAUUUUAAAAAGUUUUUUAAUGUUUGAUUUAUUUUAUACUUUUACUAACGAUUGGUGGUUUUAUCUGCACAUUUUCAGCAAGAAGGUACUCACAGGAGACAUCUGGUCCGCUACAGACUUCAUCCGUACGAUCCUAGUGCGGAUAACGAAGGUGCUAUUAAUCAGUUUAUAAACACGACUAAUUUGAACGAUGAAGAAGAUAUUGAUGUAUGUUUUUAAUUUAGUCUUGUAUUUUAGGUAGGGUUUAUUAUACUUUUAACAAUAAAUACUAUAUUUUAGAUGGAAUACGACGAGGAAGAAAUUGAUGUGACAGAUGAAGAAGGCAACAAAACGAGGUUUAGAUUGGCAAGGAGAAUAUGGGAAGCGAGGUGGAAGGUGCAAGACUUCCAUCUUCUUCCGGAAUGGCUACAAGACAACGAAUUCCUUCAUUCUGGCCAUCGACCGCCUUUGCCAAGUUUCAUGUCAUGUUUUAAGUCGAUUUUCCAAUUACACACAGAAACUGGAAAUAUCUGGACACAUCUUUAUGGUUGCGUCGCUUUUAUUGGAGUGGCUGCUUACUUUUUGUCACGACCUAAUGACAUGGUUAACUGGAGGGACAAACUGGUGUUCUCUACCUUCUUCUUGGGAGCUAUUUCAUGUUUAGGCUUGUCAUUUUCGUUUCACACUGUUCAAUGUCAUUCGCAAGGAGUUGGGAAGUUGUUCAGCAAGUAAGUGUUGUAUUUCAUUGAUUUUUUAAAAUUUAAUGUCGUUAACUGUAUAUUAUUGAUGUUAAAAAGUACAUUGGUUAAUUUUAGGUUGGACUAUUCUGGAAUAACUAUGUUAAUAGUCGGCUCGUUUGUACCAUGGAUUUAUUACAGUUUUUAUUGUCGAACAGUAGGGAAGGUGGUAUACAUAGCGAUGAUUGUCAUAUUGGGAACAGCUGCUUUAGUUGUGUCACUGUGGGACAAAUUUGCCGAGCCUACUUUUAGGCCUCUACGAGCUAUUGUAUUUGUACUUAUGGGAUUGAGCAGUAAGUUUUUGGAAAAAAAUUAAAAAAACUUACUGUUUUACAUUUUCUAGUUAACGCUUAAUACAGUUAGAAGGUUUUUUUUAACAAUUAUAUUGUUGUAGGUAUAGCCCCAGCAACUCAUCUAUGGAUAACUGACGGUUGGGAUUACCUAAUACAAAAGGCCUCUUUGCAUUGGAUACUGAUAAUGGGUCUCUUCUACUUGGUUGGAGCAGCUAUCUACGCCUUCAGGUUCCCGGAGAGAUUCUGUCCUGGUCGCUGUGACAUUUUUUGUCAUUCCCAUCAGCUAUUUCACACUUUUGUCAUCAUCGCGGCGUUUGUUCACUUCCACGGCAUUAGUGAGAUGGCUAUGAAGCGUCUGGAAAUGGGAUCGUGUAGAGAACAACUAAUCAGACAGUUUGGCACUGAUCAGCCUGUCACAUGGAUGGAUUCUCUGUUUCGGCCGUAUUAG